AUGACACUGCUUUCUUUGCACGGAACAGUCUUUCGUGGAAGUCCUUGGAUUAUGUCGGCUGAGGUAUUGCUUAGCAGCACGCUAAUUGGCUUAUCCACAGGCGGGCAGCCGCUGUCACGCAGCUUCACACAACGUGUGCCCAUGUGUCCUUUUUGUGAAGGUUUUGCUGUGGUGCUGUUCGAAGAAGUCAUCACGACUCUUGAGGAGCCUCUUGCUUUGAGAUGUAGAUCAGUAGAUCAAAAAAUGCUGAACAAAGAAGUUCGACACUUGGAAAGGAGCUCCGUGAGGAACUUCCACAACCGGUUCUUGCUCCGAUCUUCGGCACCUUGGACUCCGAAGAUCCCGAAAGUGAUCCCCAAAGAGAAGGCACCCCACGUUUUUGGCUUGGUUUGCGAAGUUUCAGUUUAA